UUUAAUAAAUUAAUACAAAUGAAUAACAAUAUAAUUAUUUACAGCUGUCAAAUCAAUUGGAAGCAGAAAAAAAGAUAACAGGAGACUUAAAACAGAAGAGAAAAGAUAAUAAAAUGUUUGGGAAUUGGUGGGAAGAACCAGUUGAAGAACUCAACAUGACCCAACUCACUGAAUUCCAAUGUGGUUUGGAAAAUUUGAGAAAAGCAGUGGCAUAUAAAGUCUCCAAGUACCAUCAAGCAGAUGUUGAUCGUCGUAACUUUUAUGCUGGAAGUUCUAGUAAUUUUGCUUUUGGGAUCUCAGGUGAUACUAAUAUCAACAGUACUGAAUUGGAUCUGUUUAAUGAUCAAAGAAUGGCGAGCAUGAAUUUGUCCAACUACAACCACAACAUGAUUGUUCCUAAUCAAACAUCACCAUUUGGGAAUAAUGGUAACAAUACUCAAGGGUUUGCUCCAGAAUACAAAGCGGAAGACAGCCAGAACCAAAGCCAAUGUGUUAAGCAAGAAAAUGUGUCUGAAUAUGCUCAUUACCCUCACUUUGGACGUGAUUACUAAUAGUUUAUGU